AUGUGGUACGGCCCGAAUCUGCAGAGAUCUUACAAAUAUAUGAUGUUUGCAUCCAAGAUGCCAUCAUUGCGGAUAGACAAGAGUGACCUGAAGUGCAAGAAUGGCUGUGAUUACUUCGGCAACCCACAGUGGCAGGGAUACUGCUCCAAGUGCCACAGAGAACAAAUGCAGCGUCAAAGAAAAGCAGAGAAAGAGUCGUCGGCGACAUUGCCUAAACCAGAACAGAAAAAGACAGAUCGUGGGCUAAAGAUCACCUCUCACUCCUCGUUCAGCAAGUUCGAGGAAAAGCGCCUCCGUCAGAGCGAGACACUAAAGAAGGCGAACCUGUUGAAGUUUAGCGUGUUCAAGAAGAGCAGUACAGACGAUCAUGACCACAGUGCAGAGAAACGUCUCCCAGAAUUCAAGAUCCCGGCGAUGGUCAAUGAGGGCAUGAAGUCAGAUUUCCGUAUGAAAUUCUCUCAGCUGUCACCGUCUAUGGACCGCGAUGCCAGGGUGUUUGUCCACAGCUUCAUCAUGGAUGUUAUCAAGUGUGCCAAUGUCCUCACUGUGGAUGAGCUCUCUGAGCGAGUGCAGAGGCAGUAUCAGCGUUUCAUGAGACAUAUGGACACCUCGUCACACUUCACAAAUGUGGACUCGGACACUAAGGAACUGCUCAUGGAUUUCGUCGAGAAACACGCCAUGACUUACUUGCAUGAGUUACCAUCGGUAGUAUUUUCACCAACGGGCACGGAUGAUGAGCGUCUGGAUCGAGCGAUGUCUGAACGCAUCCAGCAGUUGAGCUGGGUUGGCGAGAAGCACUUAGAGUGUAAACUGGAUCGAUCCAACGCUGAGUGUAGACAGCUGUUGUACAAGGCUAUUAGUGAGUUGCUGGGCAUGGACAGCGCGCUGUCCCCGGGCGGCAAGCUGUCGCGCGUGCGGCGCGCGUGCCGCCACGUGCUGCGCCUGUGCUCGCACGCCGCGCCCGCCUCCGCCGACGACCUGCUGCCCGCGCUCAUAUUCACUGUGUUAAAAGCGAACCCCCCUCGUUUGGUGAGCAACAUAAACUUCGUGACACGGUUCUGCAACGCACAGAGGCUCAUGACUGGAGAAGGUGGUUACUAUUUCACCAACUUGUGUUGCGCCGUAUCUUUUAUCGAAAACCUAACAGCGGAGUCGUUGAAUAUGGACAAGAAGGAAUUUGAUAGCUACAUGGCGAUGCCCGCAUCUAUCGGCGGCAGUUCUUGGGCGGCGGCGCUGUCGCUGUGCGGCGCGGCGCGCGAGGCGCAGGAGCAGCGCGAGGGCGCGGCGCAGGUGCUGGCGCAGGCGCAGCAGCUGCAGGCGCGCGCCGACUCGCUCGCCGCCAACGCGCUCAGCUUCGAGGAACAAAUAGCUAAAAAAGUUCAAGAUGUUCUGGCAAAGACACCGUUAGAGAUAAAGCCCCGACGUGAACUACCUCGCUUUGGGAAGUUCAAAAAAAUCAACACCGCGGCCCUCAUCGACCUCGGAUCGAACAACGACACAGAAGAACCAAAAACAACCGCCAAACAACUACAACCACAAACUACAGCCACACAAUUAACAGAACCUGUUUACACGGCAACUGAUUCAGUAGAAAUAACCCACAAGAAACCAGAUACAAGCGUCAUAGUACAACCAUCUGAUGAACCCAAACUAAACAUUCUAGGUUUCGAAGUCAUAGAACGAGAAUCCCCCUCAAAAUCACCCCAGAAUUGGGACCUGAAGAAAACUGGCUCCACCGAGCUGUUGACUCCGUCUCCACUCGGUUUCACACCAUUUGAUUCACGUUCUCUCGACGAACUGAUGACGCCAGAUGAAUUCGUGACAGACCACCUGCCUCCGGGACUAAGUAACAUAAACUAUGACAUAGAUCUGUCAGACUUUAGCGGAGAUAACAGUAUAGCCGAAGAUGCACCUAAAACAGAAAACAAAGAUCCCUUCAGUCCAGAUGGAUUGAGGAAAACUGUUCCCUUCGAUCCAUUCGCGCCACAGACUUCAAAAGACUAUGCAGUACUAGAGUCCUUUGACGAAUUCAGUUUUGUCCAUAAAAACCGAGAGACAGAUCCGUUCGAGGUGGUACAUAGAGGAAAUGACCCGUUUAGUCCUGUAGAAAUGAGAGCAGAUUUAGAAAAUGAUCCGUUCACUCCCCAGAAGAAAUCAACUUCAAUUUUGGACGAUAACGAAUCACCUACAUCCGCUUGUCUCUUGCCGUCGCCUUUACUACCACAGAGCAGCAAAAAAUCAACUUAG